AUGAAAACUGUCCCCUGGGCAAUGGUCUCCCGAUCAUGUCUGGUGAUGACCACGCAUCUUGUGCUGUAUAAAGUGCCUUAUGAACGUUGUGGGAUCCACCUUGUUAACAUUUUCCAAGCAGUCUCGUACUGUUUGGGGCGAAGCUCCUUAACUAUGGAACUCAUAUUCGGUACGAGCGUUCAGAAUUCUGCCCAACAGAACGUAUCAGAUCCCGAAUCGCCUUCUCGGGUAAUCGGCAGUGACAAGAUGGGCUCCGAGUUCGAGAGUGUGGAAAGCACUCUGAAAGCACACAUUACCGGAAGAGAAUAUGAAGAGGUUCGAAGAAUACUUUAUGGAAGGGCUCAUCCAGAACUGCCACUCCCAGAUCAAGCACUGCAAAUAGCUGCAAAGAAUAAUUUUGAAAUGCAGGGCUAUAUUAUUACUGCAAAGGAAGAGCAGCUGAGAGUUCCAAGAAAGGUUCGCGUCGCAUGUAUCCAAAAUUCUAUCGCACUUCCAACAACUGCUCCGAUAGAAGACCAAAGAAAGGGAAUCCAUGCGAAAGUUUCCACGAUGAUUGAAGCAGCCGCUGCAGCAGGAACGAACAUUUUGUGUUUGCAAGAAACAUUCAUGAUGCCAUUCGCCUUCUGUACUCGUGAACGAUUGCCGUGGACCGAGUUUGCCGAAUCGGUAGAGAAUGGACCCACAACGAAGUUGAUGAGCGAGCUAGCAGCCAAGUACAACAUGGUUAUCGUUUCUCCGAUUCUCGAGAGAGAUGAGGAGAAAGACGAUGUGAUUUGGAACGCAGCCAUCGUCAUCUCCAAUACCGGAAAAGUUAUUGGCAAAAGUCGAAAGAACCACAUUCCUAGAGUCGGAGACUUUAAUGAGUCAAACUACUACAUGGAAUCGACGCUAGGCCACCCCGUAUUCCAAACUGCUUUUGGAAAAAUUGCAAUCAAUAUUUGUUACGGGCGUCACCACCCACAAAAUUGGAUGAUGUUUGCACUCAAUGGUGCAGAGAUCAUUUUCAAUCCGUCCGCUACAACAGGAGAUCUAAGCGAGCCUCUGUGGGGCAUUGAAGCUCGUAACGCUGCGAUCGCCAAUCACUGCUACACCGUCGCCAUCAAUCGCGUAGGAACCGAAAUAUUCCCGCAUGAGUUCACCUCUGGCAAUGGGCUACCAGCACACAAAGACUUCGGUCACUUCUUUGGAAGUAGUUACAUCGCCGCCCCCGAUGGCAGUAGAACCCCGGCUCUCUCGAGAACCAAAGAUGGCGUUCUCGUCACCGAACUAGAUUUGAACCUAUGCCGCCAAACAAAGGACAGUUGGUGCUUCAGAAUGACGCAGAGACUGGACAUGUAUGCGAAGCUACUGGAGAAGGCCGCUCGACCUGACUACAAGCCAGACAUCAGAAAAGAGACUUAGAUCAAAAUUAUUUGUGAAUAAACCUAUCUUGAGAG